AUGUUCCAAAACGACGCUUCGGCGAUGAGUGAAUCGGGAACUGUAGAUGGAGUAAAUACUGGCCGUGGAGACGAUGGAGGGCACUCUCCAAUGACUCAGCAGCCCGCAGAUGGUCAACAUGGCGAGUCACGAACAGAACUACCGAAUGGCUCAUCUGGUACAGAUUCGAGACCCAGGCAUGAAACAAGGGACGGCCUUCAACACAACCAAGCUCAAUCGACUAAUAUGAAUGAUUUGGCACAAAAAUCGCUACCUGCGGAUGACGGCAUGUCAUGUCUUAGGAACAAAAUCCAUAACAUUCGAGAGCUGGAUCUCAAUAACAACGAAAAGGCACGAAUGGUACACGAACUCAUGACGGAAAAAUAUAACUCUUGUCGACCAUUACCGCCAGUAUCCCCUCUGCUAUCCUCUCCGGCCAUUGAUCCAGCUCUCAGUCCAUCAUCUGUCGCGAAUCUAGCGAGUCCGAUCAGUCCGGCUUUGACCCCGCUCGAGCCCCAAUACGAAACUACAUUCUCCCUUACUGCCGAAGAUAUACAACCUACGUACGUGCCGAAAGUUGAACCUGAACCUGAAUCUGAAUCCCCAGUGGCCGAGACGGGCGAUGAGGACCCUGAUACCGAGGAGACAGAUGGAACGCCUCUAGGCUGCCAGCAUUACAUGCGAAACGUGAAACUUCACCUGCGGAUCAGAAUUGUAGAAAAUGCGGCGAACAGACUGCGCAAUACUAUUGCGACAUCUGUAAACUUUGGGACAAUGAUGGCAAAAAGAGCAUUUACCACUGCAAUGAUUGCGGUAUAUGUCGGGUUGGGCAAGGGCUUGGAAAGGAUUUCUUUCAUUGCAAGAAAUCUAGAUCGAACCAUUGAAAGUCAGCCCAUGCCCGUCGAGUUUAAGGACACUAAUGGUCUCAUUUACUGCAACGAUUGCGGUGCUAAAUCCGUGGUCAAGUACCACUGGCUUGGCUUGAAAUGUGAUCUGUGCGAGUCUUACAAUACAGCCCAAAUUCGACUUUUGCAGGGCGACGUCUCUGGAGUGCUCGAGCAGGAAGGCGUUAGUGAAGUCCCUCCACGGCCCCGAUCCGCUUCAUUAAAUGCAGGCGAGGAGCCAGCAACAUCAUUGGCCGCACUUCACCUCAAUACAAACCAGCAACCUGAGUCUGAGUCUGAGUCUCAUCUCAAUGUACCACUGGCUGCUGCUCCCGACCAGCGUUUUGUCUCAUACAAUAUGACUCGGGGUCGUGCUAUCUCUCCAAUCGUUAGCAACUAUUUUGGUCUUCCGCCGGAUCGAGAACCUGGGAAACCCUCUUCUUUACCAUUCUUUGGAAGUGCAACUCGACCAGACAAUGACGCGGAGUACGGUGCGUUAAACUUCCUUAGUAAGAAGUUCCGAGAUCGGUAUGGCUUUCUCUCAGGCGACACUCCAGGGGAAGGGGUACCGAAAGUGGAAGAAGACGAAGACGAAGACGAAGACGAGGACGACGAUGGUACAGAGUCUUCGGAAUCCUCGGCUUCAGAUGCAGAGGGGGAUAAUGAAGAGGACGAGGAAGAAGAUGAGUACAUCGACAUUUUUGGUCACCGAUGA